AUGAAACUUGGAGACACGAUUCCUGCUUUCUCUGCUACCACAAAUUUGGGCAAGAUCGACAAUUUUCACGAUUGGAUAGGUGAAAGCUGGGCCAUAUUAUUUUCACAUCCAGCCGACUUUACUCCAGUUUGCACUACUGAACUGGCUCGUGCUGCUCAGCUAGCACAUGAAUUCCAAGCUCGAAACGUCAAGAUGAUCGCUCUCAGCUACGGUUUUCCUUUCCCCAUCAUCGCUGAUGAAGAUCGCAAGUUAGCAGUCGAGCUGGGAAUGCUUGACCCUUCCGAGAAGGAUGGCAAAGGAGUUCCAGUGACCGCACGGGCUGUAUUCAUAGUCGAUCCACACAAGAAAAUUCGCGCCUUGAUUCUUUACCCUGCCACCACUGGAAGGAACUUCGAGUAA